AUGUUAGGUAAUAGGAAAUAUCGUCGUUGGCUUAAUAAUCAAUUAUUAUUACAUAAAGGUAAUUCAUUAUAUGUUGAUGAAUAUGAUAAUGAAGAGGAAGCUAAUUUAAUAUUUAGUGGUUCUUCUUUCCAUGAUUAUAAUCGCACUAUUUAUUCAAGUACUUGGAUAAAAUUACGUUCAAAUACUGAUCUUUAUGAAUUAUAUUUAAAAUGUGGAGAAGAUAUUCAAAUGAAAUGUAAUACAUAUAAAUAUACUUAUACUUAUCUAGAUUCAUUAAAUAAAAAUAAACAGAUAUAUCUUGAUCCUAUAGCAUUUAAAUUACAUAAAUCGAUUGAUGAAAUAAUAUUAUUAAAUGAUAAUAAUUAUCAAUUAUAUGAAAAAGAUAUAUUUCAAUUAACAGAUAAUAAUUCUAAAAAUAUAUAUACAAAAAAAAGUAUAUUAAAUGAAAAAUAUAAGGAUUUAAUACAUGGAUUUCUUUAUCGUACUUUUGAGAGUACAUUCAAAUUACUUGAUCAAAUAUAUAUUCAAUUUUUUAUUUCAAGCUUAGAAAAUCAUCUUAUUGAAUAUAUUAAUGGAUUAUAUAAAGGAGAAAAUGAAUCCAUUCAUUAUUUUAAUAUAAAUAAUUCUCAACUUUGUAAUAUAACUUUAGAAGAUAAAAAUGAUUGUAAUGAGUAUUUUUUAUUAAAGAAUUAUGUUACAAGAAAUAAAUAUUGUAAAAUAAUGGUAAUACAAAAUUGUAAUAAAUUAUUUCGAAAAUUAAUUCAUUGUGUAUGUAAAGUAUAUUUAUUAAACAGUACUUCAAUUGGAUUAGAUUCAACAAAUAAAUUUGUAUGCAUUCAUCCAUUUAAAUCUUUAGAUCCAUAUAUUCCAAAGAUUUCAAUUAUAAAUAUUUUAAAAAUACAAAUAUCGAAUUUUUUGAGCUAG